AUGACAAUAUCAUAUUCCGAUCAAUUUUUAAAACUGCUUUUAAGAUGGCGAGGUUCACUUUGGAAAGCUAUAUGGAAACAUCUUUUAUUGUUUUUAUCACUUUAUUAUAUAAUAAAUUUAAUCUAUAGGUUUCUUUUAUCAGAAGGACAACAAAUGAAAUUUAUGAAAUAUGUGAUUUUAUUUGAUGAAUUUUUACAUGAAAUUCCUUUAACAUUUCUUUUAGGAUUUUAUGUUCAAAUGGUAGUAAGACGUUGGUGGGAGCAAUGUCAGUUAAUUAGUUGGCCAGAUGAGUUACUCUUUAAUAUUUCUGCAUUAAUAAGAGGUAAAGAUGAAGAAACAACAAUUAUACGUAAAACUAUUGCAAGAUAUUGUACAUUAACAGCAGUUUUAGCAUGGAGAAGUAUAUCAUUAAGAGUUUUAAUGAGAUUUCCAACUGAUGAUCAUUUAUUGUAUAGUGGUUUAAUAAAUAAAGAAGAAUUAGAAAUGUAUCAAGAAAUUCAAGUAAAUAUAGAUCCUCAUAAAAAGUGGUUUGUUCCAUUAAAUUGGAUUCAAACAAUGUUAGUAAGAUGUUAUGAAAAAGGAACAUUAUCACAUACAAAUGAAUUACGUGUUCUUCUUGAUUCAUUAGAAAAAUAUAGAAAUGGAUUUUUUCAAUUAUUUAUUUAUGAUUGGAUAACAAUUCCAUUAGUUUAUACACAAGUUGCUUCUAUUUCUGUUUAUGGAUAUUUUGCAUUUGCUUUAAUUGGUAGACAAUUUCCAUCAAAAAAUGAAAAUGGUGACUUAAUAGAUUUAUAUGUACCAAUAUUUACAAUUCUACAAUUUUUAUUUUAUGUUGGUUGGUUAAAAGUUGGUGAAGAUCUUAUGUUUCCAUUUGGUGCUGAUGAUGAAGAUAUUGAAUUUAAUUAUAUUUUGGAUAGAAAUAAUGAAAUGUCCAAUUUAAUUGUUGAUAAACUUCAUAAUCAAGUUCCACCAGUCUAUUUAGAGUCACUUAAUGAUGAAGUUAAGUUACUUCAUACAGUCGGUUCCCAAUCUUUAAAUAAUCAUCCUCCUAUACAACAUCUGGCAAAUACAAAGUUUGGUAAAAACCAUAUGUCUAUAUUUAGUGAUGAACCAAGGCAAAAUAAAAAGAAUGCUUCUAAGACACCAAAGAAGACAAAAAAAAAUUUUAAAAAAAUUCCAUCUUUUUCUGAUCUACAAAGACAGGCGUUUGCUUCACCAGAUUCAACGAUUCCUAAUGUUUAA